AAAAAAACAAAAUGCUUCAGAUGAUCUCUUUCGUGGAUCCCGGCAUGGUAGGGACGCUUGCAUGUGGGAACAUAGGGCAGAGGUCACGCAAGCUUGCUGAUCGCUUUAAGGGGGCCUGUGAUGGACAACACUUUCUAAUACCGUUCAAUGACGUGAAUCAUUGGGCUUUGACUGUUGUCAAACCUAAUGAAGAGGUAGUGUACUACAUGGACCCCCUUAAACGGCGUAUAUAUAGUCAGGAGUGGACUGAAGUGGUUGAUAAUGCUAUAGUUUUUUACAAGAAUACCAUGAACACACCUAUGUUGAAGAAGAAAGUGUCCUGGGAGAACAUGGCGGGCAUCCCGAUGCAAAAAGGGAGUGUAGACUGUGGCUUGUUUGUAAUGCGAUACAUGAAAGAGAUCUGUCAGGAUAAGGAGGUUUAAUUUGCUUCAAAGUGGGCGCGUCGGGGAAAUCUGGAAUACACCGAGGAUGACAUCAAUCAAACAAAGGUUGAAUUUGCGAAGUAUUUUAUGAGUCAUAAUGCCAUUUGAAUGGUUCUACCCCUGGACUUUGGUUGUAUGUUUUAUUGUGUUAGAUUGUUGAAUCAUGUAUUGGGAAUUUAUAUUUCUUUUCUUGAUCAGUCGUUCUGUUGUAUGAAUUAUUGAACGACCACUGUAUUAGAAUGCAAAAAACAUGGUUAUCCACCAAAUUCAGUACUCCAAAUGGUUGAGGCACAACACCAAAUGUCAAUAGUUUGAAUAUCUGCAACACAAUGCCAUAAAACAGAAGCAUCUGA